CGCCCACAGCUCUGAUCCACAGAGGCGAUGAGCUGCCUGCCAGACAGACAGGCUCGUCAGAUCCUCUCUUGGGUUCAGCUGAAACUCUUCAUCUCUGACAUCUGGGAGUAAACAUGAUCAGAACCAUGAUCCAGCACGCACAGAAACACCCUGGGCUGAUCCCCCAGUUCUUCUUCCUGUUUGUGGGCAUGGGCGGAGCCUCCCUCUACCUGAUACGUCUGGCCAGGGGACCCCACGUCAGCUGGGACAGGAAGAACAACCCGGAGCCGUGGAACCAGCUCAGCCCAACAUACCAGUACAAGUUGGUGGCCGUCAACACGGACUACAAGAGUCUGAAGAAGCAGGGGCCUGACUUCUAAAGGUCCUUCAGGCAUCUGCAGGGGCACCAAGUUUGUCAGGACCCUCUGAGUGGAAGAGGGCCUCCCCGACCCUUGACCCCUGACAACAGGCCUAUUAAAGAUGACUCUGACGAGAGA